AUGCCAGGUGGAAAUACCCGAUCAGUGCUGCACGCCAUGCCAUUCCCACUGUGCAUGCAAAGGGGCAAUGAGAAUCGAUUGGUCGACCUUGAUGGAAAUGAAUAUAUUGACUGCCUUGGUGACAUGACUGCCGGUCUUUUCGGGCAUUCCCGCUCGGUGAUCAUGAAGACGGUGAUCUCCACCAUGGACAGCGUUGGGAUGAACAUUGGUUCCUCGACGGUUGCCGAAGCGCGCUUCGCUGAGGCGAUAUGCAACCGAUUCACCUCCAUCGACCAGGUCCGCUUUUGUAACUCGGGAACGGAAGCAAAUAUCUACGCAUUAAGUGUGGCGCGUCAGAUCACGGGUCGGUCAAAAGUUAUCGUCUUCGAGGGUGGCUAUCAUGGAGGUGUACUCUCGUUUGCCCACGGUGUUGCCCCUAACAACGUUGAUCGAGACGACUGGAUUCUCGGACAGUACAACGACGUUGAGGGUGUUGUAAAUCUGAUAACUGAGAACAAAGACGUUGCAGCGGCAGUGCUAGUUGAGGGCAUGCAGGGUGCUGGUGGAUGCAUCCCAGGAUCAGCCGAUUUUCUCCAUGCUAUACAGGAUACCGCAAAAGAAAAUGGUAUAAUUUUCAUCCUUGACGAGGUCAUGACAUCGCGACUGGCACCGGGCGGAUUGCAGUCGAUCGUGCGGCAUCCUGUCCACGUCACCCCUCUGUCCCCGGAUAUGACCACGCUUGGGAAGUGGAUUGGCGGCGGACUUAGCAUCGGUGCAUUUGGCGGCCGACGAGAUCUGAUGUCGGUCUAUGACCCGCGCACGUCGAACAUCCACCAUUCCGGUACCUUCAACAACAACAGCCUCGCCAUGAACGUGGGAUGCACGGGCAUGACCUCGGUGUAUACAGCGGAAGCAUGUACUGCCUUGAACACUCUUGGAGAUGACCUCCGACGGGGACUACAGGAACUGGCGAAGGGCACGAAUAUGGUCGUGACGGGUAUUGGAGCUGUCAUGAAUAUCCACUUCGUGCCGAAGGGUGGACAAAAUGCGAUUGGUAGGAUAAGCGAUCUGGAAGUUGAACCGCGAAGCGUCGAGGCGACUCUCCGUGACCUCCUGUGGUUCUACCUGAUCGAGCGCGGGUUCUGGAUCGCUCGUCGGGGAAUGGUUAGUCUGCUUCUGGGGACGAGCAGCGAGGAGGUGGAGGCGUUACAGGGUGCUGUGGGAGACUUCCUAGAGGAGUUCAGAGACCUUGUCGCCAUUUAG